AUGCAACUUCCUUUUAAAAAAAGUUAUGAUGAAACAAAAGAAACAGAGAUUAAUGUGUCUUUAACAAAAAAUAAUGAAAAUCAAAUAGGAUAUGAAGAAACCGAAAAACAAUUAAAUACAGGUGUGAGUAACCUUUCAGAUGUAUCACAAAUAAAAUCUGAAAUUUAUGAUAACAUUCUUAAUAUGUAUAACAACGAAACAAAAUCUUCUGAACAUAAUCACAAAAGUAAAUCAAAGAUUGAAGAUAAUUAUUUUAAUGAUCAACAAAAUGAACAUACGCCAAUACUUCAUCAACAUAGUUUAGAAAACCAAAAAAAAAAUGAAGAGCAUUAUAUUCUAGAUGAAGAAAUAAUCAAUGAAACUUUAGAAAAUGAAUAUCCAUAUGAUGAAAAUAUUUAUCAACAGGAAAAAACAAAAUAUACAAGCCAAUACGAAUAUUACAAAAUUCAUGAUGACAAAAUAGAGAAAGACAAAAAUGAAAAUGUAUUGAACCAAAAUAAUAGAAACCAAUAUAAAAUAAUAAAAAAGAAUAAAAUAAAAUUAAGCAGAACAUCUGAUGAUGUGAAAAAUUAUUCCACAAAUAAUAUCACUCAGGAGGAUAUUAUUCUAGAUAUAUAUAAAAACACCCUAGAACAUAAAAAAACAAACUUUUUGUGUUUAGAAGAAAUUUUAAAAAACAUUAACUUAAUAUUAAAAAAACAAAUUGACCUUAAUCAUAGUAACGAGAUUGAAAAAUCGGAGAGGAAGAUAUUAUUAAAAAAUAUUUACCAAAUAAAAAAAAACAUAGAAGAUAAAUCAUUUAAUUCCUUAAACAAUAAAGAUUUCAUCAAGUACUUUAUAAAGAAUUUUCAAAAAGAAGAAACCCGUGUAAGUGAACUCAAAUUAAAUGAAGAAACAAAAAAAGACACCAUAAAAUUUAAUAUAUCAUAUAAUUUAAAUGGAAAUAAAAAAAAUGAUCAUACAUAUAUCAAACAAAACAAUCAACAAUUUAUAGAAACAAAUAAAAACUUUCAUUUAUUCCUGUCUCAUUUAAAUCAACUAGAAAAAAGCAUUCUUACAUUUACUCAUUUUUGUACAAAUAUUUCUAAUCAAACACAUACUGAAAAUAAUAUUUAUUUAAAUACAUUCGAAAAUAAG